UGCAACCUGGUGAUGAUUCAAAAAGUUUCCUCCGCCCAGUGAGGUUUCCACAAUCGGCAAUGACAAGGUUCAAGAUAAGGACCCUCCUUGAUACGACGUGCUUGGAUCCUCCGAGUCUAUUCGCACGUCAGGCAUUCGCAUCCAUGGUAGGCCUGUGUCUCCAGGGGGCAAACGGCGGCCAGACAAAAUCUAGACAGACCUCCCUAUUCGUCUUGCGUGACGAUUAACAUUCUGAUGCAAUCUUGAUAUCCAGGAUGGUCUCCGCUGCUCGUUUCACUGGCUAAUCGGUCGAUCAUGACGCAACAAGGUCCAUGGGCAGACAAAUGAAUGGAACAUGACGUCGACGGCUUCCUUCCUUGUUGCCAAUGGGGAAAACACCCUAAAUGGCGAGGAUAGUUACGAUGGGGAAGAGUUAAGGACACCCAGAGUCGAUAAAAUCUCUCGUUCACCGGGUGUCGUAUAUGCACCAGCCGUCCGAGUCUUCCCGUCCAUACCUGCUCUCACAUCAUCCGGGGCGAAGUGAAAUUCAUCGCUCUUCUUCUCACCCUAAUAUCUAGCUUAUCUUAAUCCUGUAACGUUCUGAAUUAUUCUUCUAUCUACAGUUCUAUCUCCCACGGUCAUCGUCAUCCCACGCCAUAGUACAUCAUGAGAGACACUAGACGCACCGGCCUCAACAUAGCAUUUGUCUACGAUCCAAAGGAUUACUAUGAGUCCAUAGGAUAUUCCAAGAGCGAAUGCGCCGAUCUCGCAGACGAUGUGACCAUCAACGGCGUAGCAUCAGCCCUCGAGAGUCUCGGCCACCGCGUGGUCCAUGUUCCCGGGAUCAAGACUCUCGUCAAGCAUCUCUCAGCAGAGAAGCACAAGCAAUGGGAUCUCGUCUUCAACUACAGUGAGGGCGUAUUCGGCUCCGCUCGUGAGUCGCAGGUUCCCGCCCUGUUAGAGGCGUAUCAGAUCCCUUUUACCUUUUCCGACUCCGCGACGCUCGCAACAGGGAUCGAUAAGGGAAAGACCAAGAUGCUAUUAGAACACUACCGAAUCCCAACGAGCCCAUUCGUCAUCGUCCCUAGAUUCGGCGAACUCGUAGACUACGCCACUCUAGAAGACCAAAUACCGUAUCCGCUCUUUGCGAAGCCAAUCGCCGCAUCCACAUCCAACGGCAUAUCACCAUCGAACAAAAUCCUGCGAAAAGAAGACCUCCAAGACGUCGUCGAGGACCUCCGCACCCAGUUCAAAGACCAAGAAAUCCUCCUCGAGAAAUUCCUAGACGGUCGCGAAUUCACCGUAGCCAUCCUUGGGACCGGCGAACAAGCCGAAGUACUAGGCGUCUCCGAGGUGACAUGGUACAACCCGGCAGGGAGAAAAAGCGACGACCUCUCCGUCGACUUCGCGACAAGUUCCUCCAAAGAGGGCAAGGGUGACGGGCAUGACAUGGGCCACGUUCAUGCGGACCUGGCAGAUCCUCUGGUCAAGGCGGUAGCUGAGAUCGGAUUCUCCGCAUAUCAGGCACUCGGUUGUAAAGAUGCAGGUCGGGUCGAUAUCCGCCUGGAUGGUGCCGUGCCAUAUGUCAUCGAGGUGAACCCGAUCUUCGGACUACGACCGGAUUAUUCCUUGUUCACUUGGAUCGCGAAAAACAACGGAAUGGAAUACCAGGACAUCAUCGCGGAGGUCGUCGACAAUGCUCUACUGAGGCAGAAACCGGCGAUGGUGCCGAAUGGUUUGAAGAAUUGAUCUCAUGCCGUAUAGAUUAUAUCCUUGGAAGGGAGCCGCUAAUAAACAAUACCGGGGCCAGAGCAAAAAGGGGGGUGCGAGUAAUAUUUACUAAGGCGUUGGCGUUAUUCAGGUUCAGCUCGGGAAAUAUAAAACGAGAUUCCCACGGUAUCCUUUCGUAGACUUGAAUUAGAUAGUCACCCGUUUGCAACAGCAUAGCUCGUC